ACGUGGCCCCGCGCCGUCGGCGCCUGCGCAACAGCGAGCGGCGGCCCCGGCGAGCGCGGGCGGCCCGGCCGCGCGAUGGGAGCGGCGGCGGCCGAGGCGGACCGGACGCUGUUCGUGGGGAACCUGGACCCCCGCGUGACCGAGGAGCUGAUCUUCGAGCUGUUCCACCAGGCAGGUCCGGUAAUUAAGGUUAAAAUCCCCAAGGACAGGGAUGGCAAGCAGAAACAGUUUGCGUUUGUGAACUUCAAGCACGAAGAAUCCGUCCCCUACGGAAUGAGCCUGCUGAACGGGAUCAAGCUGUAUGGGAGGCCUAUCAAAAUUCAGUUCAGAUCAGGGAGCAGUCAUGCAUCUCAAGAUGGUAAUUCAUCUUCUUUACCACAUGGAACUGCCAAUACGAGCCCAUCUGGCACAGUACAUCCAGCUUCCAGCAGAUACGAUAAGAGUCCAGAUAAUAUGGUAGCAGCAGGAUUCUCAUCUGUGCAGAGGUCUCUGCCGUCUCCUGAUAACCUUCAGAGACAAGGAGUGAUGCAUGGUGCGAUGCGGCAGCAGUCUCAGUACGGUGGGAAGUAUGAUCACCCCGGCUUUGCUGCCUCCGGGUACCAGCACGGGCACUCGUUUAAUCACUCGUCAGCCUCCCAGAUGCAGUGGCGCCCAGAUGUCGCAGCAUUGCGCAAGACCAGGAUGGGCUCCCACCCCUAUUACUCGGACAGUAGGCAUUUUGGCCGAGAACAGCGUUUUGGGGACCGUGGGCCUGACUAUUGCAGGGGCAAAAGGGAUGACUACGGCUUUGAUGACAGAGGCCACGACUCUGGAUCUGACCAUCAUUACCGGGGGAGCAGAGAUGACUUUGUCUAUGAAGACAGGAAUCGUGAAAGCUGGAGCCACGAUUAUGAUAACAGAAGAGAGAACUACAGAGAGGGCAAAUGGCGCCCGUCACGGCAUUAACAAGCGUUCAGUAGGCUUUAAAGAACUUUAAAUCUGUUUCUAACUGAAUCUGUGUAAAAUAAACCCAUCAAAGUUACCAUUUAAUAUUUGUAAAACUACUAGCCGCAGAAUGCUCCAAAACUGGCAUCUUGAUUUUAAAUGUGGUAACUCAACACCUCAGGGCUUUAUGCAAGAAAACAAACGUGCCACAGUUUAAGAAUUAUUGUUGGGUGCUUGUAUUAUAACGAAGAGUGUAUUUUUGUAGUGCAGCUGAAGGAGGCGGGCUCUGUAUCAGGUGUAGGCACACACCCUUUGAAACAGAGCGUAAGGGGUAUGAUGCUUUGUGGCAUCCGAAGCGCGUGUCGAACUGUUUUGAUACAUAAACGAUUCCUUUUGAAUAUUCCUUGCUUUAGAGAAGAACAUUAAAAGUCUCCCUGUGGAUAACCCA